CCUUUUAACCUUUCCUCCCGCCGCCCACCGACCGAUCCAGACGUCAGAUGUCAGCCCCGUGAGCGUCUGACUCCAACAAGUGUAAGUCCAGAGUCCCGUGAAGCCCAGCCAUUGGUUACGAGUUCAUUUUGUGAACCUAAAAUUACUUCUUCCCCCUCAAUCUCGAAUGUCUAUACUGACCGAAAAUCUCUCAGUACAAUUGUCUAUCGGGACGGAUCCAUCAUGACUUUCACCCAACGAACGACGAGAUGCUUGGGCAUCUUUGCCUUGGCGCUAUCAUCAUGGGCGACAAUGGCACAGGCUGCGCCAGAACCCGAAAUCCUCAUGCCUCGACAAUUGACGCAGAACCUCUGCUCUAAUACGAACACGGCAUCCAUGAGCGCAAAUCUCAGCACAUGGCAGACGAAUGGACUAUGCACCGACUUCUGUCGAGACAAGAACUACGCCUUUGCCAUUGUCCAGUGGCAGUCCUGCUGGUGCUCUGAUGUCGCGCCGGCCGCGUCCAGCGAAGCCGAAGUGAGCGACAAAUGCAAUGAUAUCUGUCCCGGCUACGACAUCGAGCACUGCGGCUCAAGGCCCAACUACUACGGAUACCUGACGCUGGCGAAGACUCCUACCAGCACCGCCGGCAGCGGAGGUGACAGCUCGUCAUCGUCCAAGGCAGCAGCCAGCACUACUACACAAAACACAGUCACGCCCGAUCCGGAAACGACGACUACGUCAACAACAUCUACUUCGAGUAGUAGCAAACCGAGAUCGACGGUUCAAACGGUGACAGCCGACGGAACCGUGAGGACCAUCUUCGUUACGCCGACUGCCACGGGCACCGAGGGAGCAACGGGCGCCUCCGAACUGACGCCCGGCAGCCAAUCGUCGUCGAAUGGACCCAGCACCGGUGCUGUUGUUGGAAUCGUGGUUGGUGUUAUUGCCGCUGUUGUGGCCAUUGCAGGACUGGGACUCUUCUUGUUUUUCAGACGUCGGAGACAACAGCAAAACGAGAACGACAAGUACGACGAGCCUAGCCAUCGUGGUAGUUCCGCCGGCAUGACCGGCUCGCCACGAAACCCCGAAAUGGUUGUCACUGUUGAUGGAGGACGAUGGGAUCCCGACGCCUCAAGCGAUCAUCGCCGGAGCCGCCUUCUCGCUCAUGACCCUCGCCUGGAUCCUCUUCCGAGAGGCCUCUACGUGCACAACAAGAGUGCAGAGAGUAUCAAUACCCUACGCGACGACCAAGAUUACUCCCGCAAGGUUCAUCAACCAGUCUUGCGGGCGACCAAUCCGGAUCCUGACACUUGA